UCCGCCCCCGCACUUAAGGCCCGGGCGAGGGUGGGCGCGCGCUCGUGAUCCUGCGCCACCGGGGACCCAGCCGCGGCCAUGGCCCUUCUGCGAGGUGUGUUUAUUGUUGCUGCUAAGCGGACCCCCUUUGGAGCCUAUGGAGGUCUUCUGAAAGACUUCAGCGCCACUGACUUGUCUGAGUUUGCUGCCAAGGCUGCCUUGUCUGCUGGCAAAGUCUCACCUGAAAUUGUUGACAGUGUCGUCGUAGGCAAUGUCAUGCAGAGUUCUCCCGAUGCUAUCUACCUGGCCAGGCAUGUUGGUUUGCGUGUGGGAAUCCCAAAAGAGACCCCAGCUCUCACUGUUAAUAGGCUCUGUGGCUCUGGAUUCCAGUCCAUUGUGAAUGGAUGUCAGGACAUUUGUGUGAAAGAUGCUGAGGUUGUCUUGUGUGGAGGAACUGAGAGCAUGAGCCAGUCCCCCUACGCUGUCAGAAACAUGCGUUUUGGAACCAAGUUGGGCGCAAGCAUCAAGCUGGAAGAUACUUUGUGGGAAGCAUUAACAGACUCGCAUGUCCAAAUCCCCAUGGCAAUUACGGCAGAGAACCUUGCGGUGAAACACAAGAUCGACAGAGAGGAGUGCGACAGAUACGCCCUGCAGUCCCAGCAGAGGUGGAAAGCUGCUAAUGAUGCUGGCUACUUUAAUGAGGAGAUGGCUCCGAUCGAGGUGAAGACAAGGAAGGGAAAGCAGACCAUGCAAGUAGAUGAGCAUGCUCGGCCCGAAACGACCAUGGAGCAGUUACGGAAGCUUCCCCCAGUGUUCAAGAAGGAAGGCACCGUGACUGCAGGAAACGCUUCGGGAGUAUGUGAUGGUGCUGGAGCUGUUGUCCUAGCUAGUGAAGACGCUGUUAAAAAACAUAACUUCACACCCCUGGCGAGAGUCGUGGGCUACUUUGUGUCCGGAUGUGACCCCACUAUCAUGGGCAUCGGUCCUGUCCCUGCUAUCAACGGGGCACUGAAGAAAACAGGGCUGAGUCUUAAGGACAUGGAUUUGGUAGAGGUGAAUGAAGCGUUUGCUCCCCAGUACCUGGCUGUUCAGAAGAGUUUGGAUCUUGACCCAAGCAAAACCAAUGUGAAUGGAGGAGCCAUCGCUUUGGGGCACCCUUUGGGCGGAUCUGGUACAAGAAUCACUGCGCACCUGGUGCAUGAAUUAAGGCGUCGAGGUGGAAAAUACGCCGUUGGCUCAGCGUGCAUUGGAGGCGGCCAGGGUAUCGCAGUCAUCAUUCAGAACACAGCCUGAGGAGAACAAGGAGUCCACCGGGCCCCACGCGCACUUGGCCUGGCCACGGCCCAGCAGGUGACCAUCCGAGCAGCUGCCACCCCGGCUGUGCCCUGCCUCAGGAGCAGGGAUUGAGUUCGCUCAGCCCAUAGUGAGGCAGGAGUGCAUUGGUCGUGAAUAAGAGCCUGUGCCACAAGUAGGCUCUCUCACAUUCACACCAACUAUGAUGUACUUCGGAGCUAAAAGCCAACCAUAAGAGGCCUUAAAAGAGAUCGUAUCCUUGCCAAACAGCCACCACAUAUGCCUUAGGUAAUGUGAUUACAAGGAAACUGAAUAAAUAUUGCCUUAAUUUCAGCUAA